GAAGAAUUAGUUGCAAAGCGGCUUUCUUGGGGGACGCAUCGAAGAACGUGUACGAGGCUCGGAGACUGCCACGCGUAAAGAAAAAUUGGUGCUAAGACCCGCGUUACAGCUGCUGCUGCCACAGAAACGAGUCUUCCAUCCGUCCAUCCAUCCAUCUAUCAGCAAACUGCAAGCUGCAGCCGAACGCAGAAAUACUGCACAAAUCACGCAUACAAAAAAGUUCCUACUCAAGUGCCGGCCACUUAACACCCUCCAAGAUGCUCAACCGACAGCCCGACUACACCAUCUCCGAUCUGGGCCAUCCCUGGCCAUGCGACCAUCACAUGAAGAUGAGAAGAGAGCUUUCGAUGACUUGUGGCACACCUCCAGCAUCGCCCAGCCGCCUCCUGCCCAUGCGGGAGACGCUCGACGACUACUUCCAGCGGCUGCUGAGGCAAGAGGAGGAGCAGGAUGACCUGGCCCGACAGAAGCACCACAAGAAUCAACGGAAUGAACAGCAACGGAGGCGCAAUAAAAAAUGUCGAGAUAAAGGGGAGACAGCCACAACCACAACCACAGCGACGACGACGACGUCAACUUGCGAUUUGAACAAUUUCUGACGGAAGACACGGAUGGUAUAGAGGGGGAAUAUAGUAGGGGGAGCAACUAAUUCAAAGCGGACUGAUUAAAAGUGCUACAAUAAACACACCUUUUUGCAUAGAACUUUAAGUACAUUAAACGUUAAGUAAAGAAGAACGAGAACCCGAUAAA